GCGUGCGUCAGUGACGUCACGAGAGGCGCCAUCUCCGAUCCCCGAGUGCGUCUGACUCUUGCUGCAGGUGGGAGCGUGUCAGUCUCUCGGUGACGCGUCCCGCGCAGCCCCGGCAGAAGGAUCCUGUCCGCCGCAAACUUUGACGAGAGAGGCUUUGGGUGCCGACCGCUGCUGAAGAAAGUGGAGAGAAGAGUGAGCGGCGCCUGAGGGAGACGUCAUCACAGCGCACCGGAAGAGAUUCAAGAAUGAAGAGUGUGAUCUACCAUGCCUUUUCUCCGAAGGAGGCAAAGGAUUUCGAUGUUCAGCCGGCGGGAGCCCAGCGGGCCGAGGCCUUCGUGCAGGCCUUCCUGAAGCGCAGCCUGCCCGGCAUGAGCCAGGAGGCCCUCGAGGACCAGCUGCAGCGCAAGGCCGUCGUCCUGGAGUACUUCACUCGCCAAAAGCGCAAGGAGAAGAAAAAAAAAUCCAAAGGCCUCUCUGCCAGGCAGAGGAGGGAGCUGCGGCUGUUUGACAUUAAACCAGAACAACAGAGAUACAGCCUUUUCCUCCCUCUGCACGAGCUCUGGAAGCAGUACAUCCGCGACCUGUGCAACGGUCUCAAGGCAGACACGCAGCCACAGAUGAUUCAGGCCAAGCUGCUCAAGGCAGAUCUCCAUGGCGCUGUGAUUUCAGUCACAAAAUCCAAAUGCCCCUCAUACGUGGGAGUUACCGGAAUUCUUCUACAGGAAACAAAGCAUGUCUUCAAAAUUGUCACCAAAGAAGACUGCCUGAAAGUUAUUCCCAAACUAAACUGUGUGUUUGCUGUGGAAAUCGAUGGCUUCGUUUCCUACAUUUAUGGGAGCAAAUUCCAGCUUCGGUCAAGUGAGCGGUCUGCAAAGAAGUUCAAAGCGAAGGGAACCAUUGACCUGUGAACUCUUUGCUCCCUAAGACUUUCAACAGCAGAAAAUUGGAAAUGCCCUAAAUAUCCACCUUGCAGGAAAGAAAUGGUUAAGCCAGUUCUGGCUGUAGGCCACCCAGCCGGUAAAAAAUCCCUGCAGGACGUUUACAACACAGUGAGCGAGGAAGUCAGGGAGCUGGGGCGUGCAGGGUUACAGUUCAUCUUACCUUUGUGUUGCUCAUGGAGGGAGAAAAGUCAUGCAAAAACUACACCAGGGUUAAUGCUGCUUGUUUUGAAUAGUGGGAGUAUUAAG